UGUAUAUAUACUUUAUUCAAUCUGCGUUUUAACAAAGAGACCCACUUUCCUGUGCAAGACAAUCUCAGUAUUGGGCGAUUUUAAAGAAGAGAACAGGAAGAAAAAAAUGUCUGAUCCAUGCAACUGUCUAGCAACGGGAAAAUGUUUGUGCGCAGACUCGUGUCCAUCAAGUGGGUGUAAAUGUGGGGGCGGAUGUAAAUGUGGAUCCAGCUGUAAAUGUCCCGGAUGUCAAGUCAAAUGCAACUGCAACGGAACCUGUGGUUGUGGAAAGGGUUGCAUCGGACCUCAGUCCUGUAAAUGUACCGACAGUAGCUGUGUCUCUGGGUGCAUGUGCACUGGAUGUCAGCUGAAAUGCAGCUGUAGCGGUAAUUGUGCAUGUGGACAAGGCUGCACCGGACCUGAAUCUUGCAAAUGCGCAAACAACUGUAGCUGCAGAAAGUGACGAAAUAUAUAUAUAAUACAUGUAGUCAUGUGGUCUCAGGAAUAUCUUAUGUUUAACAACCAAAGAACAAAAUACAUUUUACAUUCAGAUAACUAAAUAAAUUUAUUAUUAUUUUCAA